AUGGCAGAACAACGGUGGCGAAGUGUUUUGAAAGUUGCAGACAUUACCGAUGCCCUCGAAGAUUCGGACCUGGAUAUUUUAUCAGACGACGAUGACGGUAAACAGUCAGAAGAGUCACCUCCUGUGAGAGAGUCUAGUCUAAGUGAUUCGGUUUCAGGUUCUCCUUCAGAAUCUGAAAGCGAAUCUCGGCCGUUGUCAGAAAUUUCUACUUCAUCGUCAUUCUACAGGGCAUUCUACAACUAG